AUGGCAUCCAAAAUCGUAAUUGUUUGCUGCGUGCAGGCUUUCCUGAUCCAGUGCGCAUUCAGCCGAAGUGUGGUACGACCUACCAUCCCAUCAGUUGCUAUCGCUGAGAGCGCUGCUGUAGAUACAUCCGUUGUUGUUUCUAACAAUGUCGGUUUGGGUUUAGCUAACAAUGGUUUGAUUGGUUCCGGACUCGGAUUGGCCAACACUGGCUUGAUUGGCUCUGGAAUUGGUUUAGCAAAUACAGGCUUGUAUGGCUCUGGACUCGGAUUGGCCAAUACUGGUGUCAUUAGCUCCGGUUUAGCCAACUCUGCUGUAAUCGGUAACACUUUACUGCCUGCUCCCAGCGCUGCAUUCCUGGAUAUCACAUCAUUCUCUACCGGCGAUGUUCUGCCCAUCAACAGCUUCUCUCCCAUCGCUCCAGCUGGCAUCACUGUGGUGUCACAGAAUACUAUCGAAGGACCUUUGGCGGUCGUUGGACAACUGCCGUUCUUGAGCGCUGUGGCGUUUGAGGGUGCGCUGGCGUCUGAAGGCGCGGGCGCUGCUGGUUGCGGCUGCGGUACCGCCGGCAACAUUGGCAUCAUCAAGGAGACUUUCGCUCCCAUUGCAGCACCAGCUCUUGGUGGAAUCGGUAUCGGAGCUGCUGGACUCGGCUUGGGACCCGCACGCCUUCUUUAA